AUGUCAGAAGCACACGUCCCCGUAAAAAGAGUGGUCUCACCCGCAGACCUUGAAAAGUGGAUCGAUUCGGAUACCUACAACAAUCUUCUCCAGUUUGUCAUUGACCUCCAGGACCUGGUCACCGGUCUUACCAACGACAGUGAAGUGGAAAUUUCAGAAACAACGAAAAAGCUCGUUUCAGUGCUUGAAACAGUUGAUGGUUAUAUUGACAAACAUCCAGUUGUCGUGGAGAAGGACAUUUCACGAUUUGGAAAAAUCGAAUUCAGGGACUUUUACGAUGAGGUCAGCAUAGAAUCCAAGAAUUUCUUAAAAUCAUUGAUCUACCCUGAUACACCAUCUUCGUCAGCUUCAAAUGUCUACUUCAAUGAAUCCUGGGGAAACAGAACUCGUAUAGAUUACGGCUCUGGCCACGAGUUGAAUUUCAUAUGUUUCCUCUUGUGUCUUGAAAAGAUUGGAAAGUUGCAAAAAUCAGACUUCGCUGCUGUAAUUCUCAAAGUUUUCACCAAAUACAUGGCUGUAAUGCGAAGAAUACAGAAAAUCUACUGGUUGGAACCAGCUGGAUCUCACGGGGUAUGGGGAUUGGACGAUUACCAUUUCCUUCCAUUUCUCUUCGGCUCUUCACAGCUUGCCACUCAUCCAUUCAUGAAGCCCAAGCUGAUUCACAACGUGGAACUCGUAGAAAUGUACCAUUCUAAGUAUAUGUACUUUGAAUGUAUCAACUUCAUCAAUAGUAUCAAAACUUUACCAAAGAAUCAGGAUGACAGGUUGAGCAUUAGAUGGCACUCGCCAAUGCUCGACGACAUCCUGCUGGCUAAGUCAUGGCAGAAGAUCAAGGAAGGAAUGAUCAAGAUGUACAAGGUGGAGGUUCUAGGCAAACUUCCCAUUAUUCAGCAUUUCAUGUUUGGAACAUUAAUAGUAUGUCCUGAUGGAAUAGAGGAGCACCACGAACAUGAAGAAGACGACUGUGGCCAUGUUCACACACAGGAAGCCGUAAACACAUGGGGUGACUGCUGUGGAAUCAAGAUACCGAGUGCCAUUGCUGCUUCCGAAAGCUUGAAGCUUCAGGAAAUGCAACAUCAACACCAUAAGCCAGUACCAUUUGAUUAA